AACCUAUAAACUGAGGGAAAGAAAAAAUAGCAAAAAUGCACAAAACUAUUUGUGAAUCAGGGAAUAGAAACAGAGAAUCGGUUUUCUCACAUCGAAGAAAAACCUAAAAAUAUUUUUCACUUAUUUUUUCUGUGUUGCAGAUCAACUUAAAACUGAAAGUAAGACAAUCCGUUCGUUACGAACGAAACAAGGAAACACUGCAGGAAGUCUAUAGAAUUGCUCUUCAUGUUUUAUUUCUCAUUCUGCGGUAAAACAGCAGCCGUUUGGUCACGAUGAAGGAUCCGGACGGGUCUCGUUUAUUUUCGCUACUUUAUUUAUUUCUAACAAAACUCCGGUUAGGGCUGUUUGUUGGUUCGUUGGUGGACAGCCGUUUAACGCUGAAACAUUAUUAUUGUUGAACAUCAUUUACUUAUAACUAUAUGGAAAACUAAUUAUAUCUUAAAACUAAUUAUAUCUUAAAGCGGGUCUCCGUCACAAUUUGCAGAUAACUUUUUGUCUGUCGAUGACAUAAUUUAACUAUUUUUGUGUUUUAGGUACCUACCUACUUUGUCCACCUCUGUCUAUAACUAUUAAUGUAAUACUAAAAAAAACUCACAGAAAACUAUGAAAGAAAAAUCUAACAAGCUUGGAAAUCAUGUAUAGAUGGAUUUUUUUUGUUAUUAAUUUAGUAUACAGCCUUCAUACAUAGGACUCCAUGACGCUCUGUUUUUAGAGCAGGAUGUGUUUAUGUUGACUAAGGAUGUGGUAAUAUUAUCUAAAAUCUCUUAUAACUGUGAGAACAGCUAAAGUGAAACAAUGUUUUCUGUCCUACAGAACUGUUCAUACCUUUGGAACAUCUCCACAUUUCAUCAUGUUAAAAUUACAAAUUUCAUCAUAAUUUCUUUGUAUUAUUUGUAAUCGAUCAUCAAAGCAGAUUUGUCAACAGAUGAGAUGCUGUGGGGAAUAAAAGUUACAUAUUCAGUCAUUAUGUUGGUUUGUUGGGUUUUUGAACUGCAUAACCCACAGUUCCUUAGAAAUAUUUCUAAGAACACUGUUUGAUCCUACUUGUUGUUUAAAUGGUUGGAUUAAAAGCAAAGCUCUGAGUUCAGUUUUCACAGCUGGUCAAAUUAAUAAAAUCGGAACAGCUGAAGCUCAUGUGAUCUUAUAACGUAAGUUUUAGUCAUUUUUGUAUCGUUUCUUUCUAGUUUGACACCGUUUUGUUUUAAUGUAGCCUUAACAUGAACCUCGCCCCAUUCUUUGUCAGUUUCUCCUGCUUGUUCUCAAACAACGUUGUUAUUUGAGCUUUGCUGCAAGUUCUUGAUCUUCAUGCAGGGAUUAUGUUUUUAAUUUUGUAUUUCUAAUUUUAUUGAUACAGACAGCAAACUGUACAAGUCCUCACAUAUUGUGUGCACACUGUGCAUAAAUCUAAAGUGAAACUAAAAUUGUUCACAUAUACUGUCUGCACAGUUUAGUUUGCACUGUGAACACUAUGGUUACAUUAUUUACACACCAUCAUCCAUGUUCAAUGUCACUCCACUAAUUGUUCUGUAACAUAGGUUGGCAUUAACAGAGCAGCAUCUUGAAAUGUCGGUGUUUGAUGCGAUUACACUAAAAUUAUGUUUGGUGUAAUGGCAGCAUUAUUGAAUGCAGUGGAAUGAUGUGAGAAAAAAACAAUAUAUGUAGAGCUGUAGCACAGGUGAGUGAUCGUCUCUGUAGAUUAAUAUAAAAACUGUUUGCAGAUUGAUGUGGCCCUGAACUCAGCAUCAUGGAUCAGAGAGAGGAGCUGAAAGAAGGAGAAACUAAGAGCAAACAAUCUGACGAUGAAGUGGAACCAGAAUCCUGGGAGAAUAGCUCCAAACUGGAUGUUAUUGAUUUUAAAUCAAAUAAUCCUUCAUCUAAAAAGAGACCUCAGCACUCGCUGUCCAGCUGUUCAUCUGGACAACUGUCAGAAAAUGACCAACCUCCAUCUUCAAAGAGAGUGAAGCAGAUCUCCGAGGUUCCUAGUGGUCAGUCUCCCCAACAGCAUCCAUCAGAGCUGGACUCCAUAUUUAAGGAGCUGAAAAAGAAGAUUUUCACCUUUGAGGAAAGUGAGCUGAAAAAGAUCCAAAUGGUUCUGGGUUCAGAUUACCCAGAAGGUUUAGAUGAGAAUAAGGAGGAGGAUGAAAUUUCGGCAGGUGAAAAUAACCAGCAGAUGAAGAAGAGCAGAGAAGCAUUUGAGAAGAUCACACAGCACUUCCUGAGGAUGAUGAACCAGGAGAAGCUGGCUGACUGUCUUCAAAGCAAAUCAUUCACCACCUGUCAACAAAAGCUAAAGUCUAACAUGAAGAAAAAGUUCCAGUCUGUGUUUGAAGGAAUAGCAAAAUCAGGAAAUCAAAGCUUUCUAAAUGAGAUCUACACAGAGCUCUUCAUCACAGAGGGAGGAUCUGAAGAGGUCAAUGAUGAACAUGAGGUCAGGCAGAUUGAAACCAUGUCCUGGAGACCAGAAAGGCCAGAAACAGCAAUUAGACAUGGAGACAUAUUUAAACCCUCACCUGAAAGAGAAGAACCAGUAAAAACAGUGAUGACAACGGGAGUGGCUGGCAUUGGGAAAACAGUCCUAACACAGAAGUUCACUCUGGACUGGGCUGAAGACCAAGCCAACCAGGACAUCCAGUUCACGUUUCCAUUCACGUUCAGAGAGCUGAAUCUGUUAAAAGAACAAUUCAGCUUGGUGGAGCUUAUUCACUUUUUUUUUAGUGAAACAAAAGGAAUACUGAAAUUUGAAGAGUUAAAGGUUGUGUUCAUCUUUGAUGGUUUGGAUGAGAGUCGACUUUCACUGGACUUCCACAACAAUGAGAUCCUGAUGGAUGUAAGAAAGUCCACCUCAGUGGAUGUUCUUCUGACAAACCUCAUCAGAGGGAACCUGCUUCCCAAAGCUCACCUCUGGAUAACCACACGACCUGCAGCAGCCAAUCGAAUCCCUCCUGAGUUCAUUGGCAUGAUGACAGAGAUUAGAGGAUUCACUGACCCACAGAAGGACAAUUACUUCACAAAAAGAUUUAGAUAUAAGAAGCAGGCCAGCUUGGUAAUCUCCCAUGUAAAGAAAUCCAGAACCCUCCACAUCAUGUGCCACAUCCCAAUCUUCUGCUGGAUCACUGCUACAGUUGUGGAAGACAUGUUGAACAAGAAAGAUGGAGAAGAGCUGCCAAAGACACUGACUGAGAUGUACAUUCACUUCCUGGUGGUGCAGACCAAACUGAAGGUCAUCAAGUAUGAUGGAGGAGCUGAGACAGAUUCACACUGGAGUCCAGAGAGCCGGAAGAUGAUCGAGUCUCUGGGAAAACUGGCUUUUGAUCAGCUGCAGAAAAGAAACCUGAUUUUCUAUGAAUCAGACCUGGCAGAGUGUGGCAUUGAUAUCAGAGCAGCUUCAACAUACUCAGGAGUUUUCACACAGAUCUUCAGAAAAGAGAAAGGCCUGUACCAGAACAAAGUGUUCUGCUUUGUCCAUCUGAGUGUUCAGGAGUUUCUGGCUGCUCUUCAUGUUCACCUGACCUUCAUCAAAUCAGGAAUCAAUCUGCUGGCAAAAGGUGAAAUGAAAUCCAUUGAAAUGGAAAAACAAAACCAUGUUUCUUCAGAGACAGAAAUGUACAAGAGUGCUGUGGACAUGGCCCUUGAGAGUCCAGAUGGACACCUGGACUUGUUCCUCCGCUUUCUACUUGGUCUUUCACUGGAGACCAAUAAACAUCGCUUAAGAGGCUUUGUGGCACAGACAGAAGACAGUUUAGGAACUAACAAAGACACAGCCCAGUACAUCAAGGAGAAGAUGAAUCAUCUGUGUGUUGAGAAAAGCAUCAAUCUGUUCCACUGUCUAAGUGAACUAAAUGAUCAGUCUCUGAUGGAGGAAAUCCAACAAUCUCUAUGUACAGGAAGUCUUUCAAUACACCAGCUGUCUCCUGCUCAGUGGUCAGCUCUGCACUACAUCCUACUUACAUCACAGAAAGAUCUGGAGACAUUUGACCUGAAGAAAUACUGUGCUUCAGAGGAAGCUCUUCAGAGACUGUUACCAAUAGUCAAUGCCUCCAGCAAAGCUAUACUGAGUAGGUGUAACCUCUCAGAGAGAAGCUGUGAAGCUCUGUCCUCAUUGCUCAGCUCAACAUCCUCUAGUCUCAAAGAUCUGGACCUGAGUAACAACGACCUGACAGAUUCAGGAGUGAAGCUGCUCUGUGAGGGACUGAUGAGUCCUAACUGUGAACUGGAGAUUCUCAGGCUUUCAGGCUGCCUGAUCACAGAGGAAGGCUGUGCUGCUCUGGCUUCAGCUCUGACUGUGAACUCCUCUCACCUGAAGGAGCUGGACCUCAGCUACAAUAAUCCAGGAGAGGCAGGAAGGAAAAGUCUAGAAGCUAUAUUGAAGAAUCCAAGCUUCAAACUGGACUCUCUACACAUGGAGCCUGCAGGAGACAAAUGGAUGAAACCAGGUCUGAGGAAAUAUUCCUGUUCACUAACAGUCGACCUAAACACUGUGAAUGGAUUUCUCAAACUUUCUGACAAAAACAGGAAGAUGACACGUGUGGAAGAGGAGCAGCCAUAUCCUGAUCAUCCAGACAGAUUUGAUCUCCAUCAGCUGCUGUGUACUGAUGGUCUGACUGGUCGCUGUUACUGGGAGGUUGAGUGGGGUGGAAGAAUCUACAUAUCAGUGAGUUACAAGGGAAUAAAAAGAAAGGGACAGAGUGAUGACAGCUGGUUUGGAUUUAAUAAUAACUCCUGGUCUCUAGUCUGCUCAGAUGAUGGUUAUUCUGUCUGGCACAACGGUAUAAGGGCUUUUAUGCAUUCCUCCUCCACCUCCUCCUCUGUCUCUGGUAGUGUAGGGGUGUAUGUGGACUGUCCUGCUGGGACUCUGUCUUUCUACAGAGUCUCUUCAGAUACACUGAUCCACAUCUACACCUUCAACACCAAAUUCACUGAACCUCUUUAUCCUGGAUUUGGGGUCACCUAUCGUUUCAAGGAAUCUUGGUGCUCAUUUUAGUCAUUUUUUCAAGUUGGAAGCAACCUAACUUUUUAAAUACAAGACAUGUUUUUUGAUUAACAUCUAUGUAAGUAAGACUUUAGUUCAAUUCUUCGUUGAUUCACAUUUUUUAAGAUCAAUUUAUUUAACGUGCAAUAGUCACAAAGGUUUCUAUACUUUUUGUAUGCAAUUUGCAGAAAGUAAUUUACAAAAAGCUCUAGAGUAAUGGAAGGACACAUAGUCAUUAUAGAGUUAAUUCUUUACAUCAAUAUUCUUACGAUUUAAUCACAGACAAAACUCACUGACAUUCAAAACAGAAAAAAAAACAAAAAACAUUAAAAUAGACUGACACCACUUCAUAAAAUACAAGUCAUUACCAGCAGUGUCCAAACCCAGUCUCUAUACAACAAUUUAUCAGAUGCAUACACUCAAAAUCUCAAAAACAGAAACCUCCAAUAACAACAGUUUAAAUUAUGUGAACAAGUUUGAUUUAAAAGAAGACAUUGUUGGCUCUUGAACUGUUGUAUUUGUUUAUUGUGAAGCACUUUGUGGUUUUUUUUAGCUUGUAAGUUACUAUUGAAGAAAGAAAGGACCCAGUACAAAUAUCUACAAAGGCAACAGAGUCCACAAAUCUGAAAUCUAUAGGAAGGAGGAGGAACCUCUGAACUAGAAGAUAUAUCUCCUUUUAUAUUUAACUUCAUAAAGGGAAUCAACAUCAAAGGCACCUGAAAGGGACAACAGGGUGCAUGAGCCCUUUGAUAUUCACUGGUGUCUGUCUGUGAAGAGUUCUCCAAGUCAGUAAAAUAAUCUAAAUGUAUUUUUCACUUUAAACGCAUGUUGAAACCUUUGUAUCAAUACAGGUCUGAAAUUCACAUUUUCUUUGCAAAAAUGGCCCAUCUACCAGUACUCUACACAGCCUGCUUACGGCUCUGCCUAAAAGUAGCGCCCCUAGCGACAACCGUUAUUGACGUAGACUGAGGAGAACGUUCUGGACUGUACAGCUAGAACACUGCAUAACAUCUGGCGGAGGUGACCAAUCAUGAACAUUAAAUCGGCUACAUGUUUAAGAGAAGUUUGGAAAUGCAUCUUUAUAUUUACAAAUCUAUAGAUCUGUCUAUGGAAAUGUAUCUAUCAAGAUAAGAUAAAUAAUAAGAAUUCAUAAAAUUAGGCUCAAUAAUACUCUUCUGGAAAAUUUUAUAAUUAUCUCCUCUGACUCUGGGGUUCUGGCUUUAUUGUUGCCUCUAUUCCCCAUUAGCAUCAGUCGCUGCCUCUGCUGUGUUAUGGUGGUACUGCAGUGGAUUUCAGCCUGAUUUAGUCAUUUCUUCUGGAUCCCAUUUAGUAUUAAUUCGGGUCGCUUUCAUUGUAAGCCUGCUAUUCGCAGUGUGUUCACUGCAGAUCACCGUAUUAGUUACUGUUGGUGGUGAAAUCUUGCCUUCCCAGCUGAAUGAAUCUCACCUAAGGAUAAAAUAAUUUCUCCCCUCCCCAUGUCCAGACCAAUUGCAGCCUGAACAGCCACACAUAAACAUGUUUUAACCACACCUGAGUGAAAAAAAACUACAACUCCUUGAGCUUAACAAUCAGACUGCAGCUGUUGGGCUCCGUUCUCCUCCAGUAACGUCACGCAAACUGUGCGUCUUUUCAAGAAGGAGGCUUGUUGGUUGAUUUUACACUUUAAAACAUUUGCUAGCUAAUUAGAGACCAAUUGCAGCAACCAGAUGUAAAGUUUGACCUCAGAAAAUAUUGUUCUACCAUUUUAGAACCUUAAAUAGUUUUUUUCAGUUGCAUUGUGAAAUAACUGGAAACCAGUGUUGUGUAUCAAGAUUGGAGUUAUGCGAAAGCUUUAAAAAAAAAUUAAACAAAAGAAUUAAUUAUUUCCGGUUCAGUGUGUGAGACAAUUCAGAUUAGUUUAGCAGGUGAUUAAGAAAAGGAGUUUAUUAGAGACCAAAGUAAAACCAGAAUCUAACAUUUUGCCAAGGGUUUAAAUUUCUUGGUUCUUUGUCAAAAUCUUAAUUCUUGACACAAAGUGUUUUUUUUAUGUACAUCUUUAUUCUUUAUUUGUUUUAAAACUGGUUAACAUGUACUUUUUUUCUCAACUGCUGUUGGUUCAUUGAAGUCUAUAAUGUACAUUGUUAAUGCAUUUGUUUCAAUUGCACUGGUAUGUAUGUUACAGUAAUAACACAAUUUAGUCUUUAUAUUGCUGAAAUAUUUGGAAAUAUGUUUCAGUAAUAAUGUUAUAAAAAGUGGCACACAUAAAUGUUACAAAUAUUUGUGUAAAAUUAAUUUCUUGAAAUCAUUUUAUCUACGCUACAUUAUCUAUUUAUAAUAUAUUUUGUCAAAAUUAUAAAGUUUGGAAAUGGCAUUAUUUAUUGGUUUAUAGGCCAGUUACCGUUUCAGAACUGGUCAGGAUGGUGUUUGCUUUUCCCCCUCAAUAAAUAAAGUAAUCUUGGCUCUUUGGA